GAACCGGCAGGUGAGGGAUCGGCCCCCCCGAACCGGGAUCCCCCAGGAGAGGGCUCCCGUCUGGCCAGGGGUCUCCUCAGGGGGAGGCUUCCCUCAGGCCCGUGCUCCCCUCAGGAAGCCUGGAUUUUGGAUUACACGGUUUGGAAGGAAAAGGAUCACAUCUCAGAUCACAGCUUUGAUUCUGCGCUGGAUAUGUGACAAAACUUUCCAGUUCACCUCAAGACACCACCAAUAUGCCCAUUGUAAAGUACCCCAGGGCUAGAGAGCCCCUCUAUUAUGAAUGGGACAGGAAAGCCCAGAAAUGUGGGUUAAGACACACAGUUUAUGCUGUAAAUGGGGAUCAGUAUACAGGAGAAUGGCUGGACAACUUGAAACAUGGUAAAGGCACCCAGAUAUGGAAAAGCACCGGAGCUAUUUACAGUGGUGACUGGAAGUUUGGGAAGCAGGAUGGUUAUGGCUCAUACAGCGUUCCUGACCCUGUAACCAAGGAAUACAAGAGGGUGUACACAGGCUGGUGGAAAAACGGCCAGAGAACUGGCCAGGGGGUGUUCUUUUACCCCAACGGGGAGCGCUACGAGGGCGAGUGGAGCGACGGAGUGCGGGGCGGCUGGGGCCGGAUGUACUACCUGGAUGGAUCCAGCUACGAGGGACAGUGGGAGGCGGAUCAGCCCAACGGGCAGGGGAUGCUGCGGCUCCCAAAUGGAAAUCGGUACGAAGGAGGUUGGAAAGAUGGAAAGAAGAAUGGCCCAGGGAGAUACUUCUACGUGGAUAAGGGACAGUUGUUAGAGGGCACCUGGGCAGAAGAUGUAGCAAAGUGUGGAGUUCUGGUUGACUUCGAUAGAGACAAAGCUCCGGCCCCUACUCAGUACCCAAUCCCAAAGAUUGAACUAGAUGAUCCAGCUGGUGUUUUAGCAGAGGCCCAGGCACUGCUUGAUGACAGCAAUAAUUAAUAACUGGAAGCUGAAGAAAAAGAAAAGAUGUAAGAUAAGAACAGUCCCGAGUUAUGUAUUCGAGUGUCAAAUCCACACUGUGGUGUAUCAUGGUCUGCUUCACUCUUCCCUCAAGGCUGUUCAGGUACACUUCACUCUGCAGCUGGCUUUGCUCAGUAGCCUCUUCCCACCCCCAUUAUUUUGGGAAAAAAAGGGAAAAAAUUAAAGAGGAAAAAAAAAGAAACCACGAGCAGCAAAACACUGGAAGACAGGCAGGGGGACUCUGCUCAGCUCCUCUGACUUACUCCUGCUGUAAAGAAAUCACACUCCUCUUGGUUUCAAGGUCUUUGCCUUAGAGAAUGAGGGCUUUUAGUGGCUGCUAUAAAAGCAAGGCCCUAGAAAAGUACAAUCAAAUAACUCCCCCCAAACUUAACCCAAUACAUACCUGUGACCCAAAAUGGCUUUUGAAGUUACAACAGAUCACAGUUCAAUUAAUAAAUAUACUUUAGGCCUCUAGAUAACAAACAAUCAGCAACAAUUAAGUAGAUUUUAUUUCAUGAAAGUAUUUUAUAUCUAAACAAGUGAUAUACAAUAACCAAUGUUUAAAAUGCUUGAGGUAAAUGCCUCCUAACACCGUUAGUAUAAAUAAGGGAUUAAAAAAAAAAUUUAAGUGCACUCUCAAUGUUUAGAGCCACGUGUUUGUGUCUGGUUACUGCCUGGGCACACAGUGACAA